GUCCGUUGAAUCGCCGUCGUUUGGAAGCUCGUGAAGUGAAAUGGUAUCGUCUAGAAAUACAACAAGUUUUAAAUGGUGCAUGGUGUAUGGUGAGCACUGCAACGCAGAGUAGCUUACGGGUUUCAGCACUAGCAAGAUUGGACGAAAUUGUUCUGCUGGAUUUUCUCCAAAGCUGGCCAUACGAGCAGGUGCGCGAAGCAUAAUUACUGUUACGAGACUGCAGGUUCAGCUUGCGUCUCCUUGUAUUCCUCGAUCAGAUGGUAUACACAGACAGCGGGAACGAUGUAAACAUAAACAUUGCAGCUUUCCGAAGCCACGUGAAAUUGGUUCUGGCCAUAUGAUCCAGAGCGUCGGUCUUUUGCUUACAGUGUUUCAGCCCGCGUUGAUUUCUGCGUGACAGGGCAGCUUGCUUUUUUGAAGUAGUAAGGCAAGAUGAGGCAGAAUUCUAAAGAGGUGAUAGAAGCGCAAAGCGGAACGUACACGCGUUAAUGUUUGGGCCAUUGUGCAGAUUGCUUUCGUUCGGCAAAACGCGUUGCGUGAAACAGUUGUGUUUCAGUUUGGCCGCUGUACCGAACGGGUCCAUCCACAGAAUGGCAUCGCAGCUAUCGUCGCAGAAUGUUGUGUGGAUGGAUUUGGAAAUGACCGGGUUGGAUAUUGAUAAAGAUCGAAUUUUAGAGAUCGCAUGCAUACUGACAGACAGCCAGCUUAAUAUUAUAGCGAAAGGACCGAAUGUGAUCAUCAACGAGCCCGACACUGUGCUGAACGCAAUGGACGAGUGGUGCAAGGAUCAUCAUGCAAAGUCAGGAUUGAUCGAGGCGGUGAAAAAAUCCCCCCACAAUCUGGAGCAAGCGGAACAGCAGGUCUUGGCUUUCGUUAAGCAGUACUGCCCGGAGCGAAGCUGCCCGAUGGCGGGAAAUAGCAUCUACAUGGAUCGGCUGUUUGUGCGGAAAUAUAUGCCAACGCUGAACGAAUACCUGCAUUACCGCGUGAUUGAUGUAAGCACAGUAAAGGAGCUGUGCAAACGAUGGAAUGCAAAUGUCCAUGACGCAGGUCCACCGAAAAUGUUUGCACAUCGCGCCCUGGACGACAUUGAGGACAGCAUCAAGGAGAUGAAAUACUACAAGGAAUCGUUCUUUAAAACGGUGUAACAUUCUAGGUAAAGAAGAGGAGAUGUACAGCAGGAAAGCAUGAAGGAACGUGUACCUAAACUACACACAUCUUCGUUGCCGGAAGCUGUUGGUAGUUGAAUGGAAUGCCCUGUAGUAAAUGCCGUGUUUCAAAUGCUCAUAAAGUUAUUUUUUAUCUUGUCAAUGUGCCCGGUAACAAACGAUGACAAGUUGAUAAGUAGAAGCGCUAUUUCUUUACUUUCAGAUGGUAAGGGAAACGAUCAUGCUGAUUAUAAAGCUGUAACUGUACGAAUUCUGGUUGCUGCCGAACAUAAAGCUCACCAAAUGGAUAAAGAACAAUAAGACGCAAUGUGAAUCGCAAUACCUUCAUUCACAAAAAUAUACAUUUUGCAUCCUGAUUAGAACAUAGCCUAACCGUGCGCUCUAUGCCGUCUGCGAACUGACAGCAUCCGAUGUGUAGCGGAUAUGGCUGUCUCGCUCUAGCGACGACGACGGGGAUGCGUUUUAAGAGCGUGGAAGUUUCACGAGUAAGGAUCAUGCGGAUCCUUACACACAGUCUGCUCAUCACGGUUCCGGCAUACACGUGGCUCGCGCGCGGCCCCAUAUUUUACUUUUGUUUUAACGUUCGUUUAUUGUGUUUUAUGUGAAAUAAAAAUAAGUAUUAGGCACAUCCACAG